CCCAUCGAUUCAGAGGAAUCCAACUGUUUCAGCGUGAAUCUGUUUGACGAAGAGGAAGAUGGACAGGAAGGCCAUCGUUCGAUCGCACAAAUGGAUGUGUCUAUGGCAACGAACGCUGCCGCUGCCUGUUUACAGCAGCUGGACAUUACGGACGGAACAGAAAACAAAUCGAAAGGUGAAGAUCUAUUGAAUUUGCUCGACAGUGUUGCAGAGUGA